AUGAAACAUCUUUCGUUCAUUGCUACUACAGUCUCCUGUAUUGGUGGUUUUCUGUUCGGUUAUGAUAUUGGCGUCGUUUCUGGUGUGCUUGCCAUGCCUACUUUCUCGACUUUCUUUGGUAUUCAAGGUGAUCCUGGCACUAUUGCUCAUAUGAAAGGUGACAUUGUCUCGGUUUUACAAGCUGGCUGUUGCGCUGGUGCCUUGUUAAUCAAUUUCAUGGCUGAUCCUUUUGGCCGUAAAUGGUCUAUCGUUCUCAGUACACUCGUCUUUAUCGUUGGCUCAGUCAUGCAAGUCGCUGCUCAAAACCUUCCCACCAUGAUGGCUGGCCGUUUCUUUGGUGGUUUUGGUAUUGGUGCAUGUUCCAUGUUGGUGCCCAUGUAUAUCGCUGAAAUCGCUCCUCGUAAGCUGAGAGGUCGUUUAGGUACACUUUGGCAAUUCUUAAUUGUGUUGGGUAUUAUGGUGUCUUACUGGAUUGAUUAUGGCUGUUUACGUAAUAUCCCCACUGGCCAUGCUCAGUGGCGUGUUCCUCUUGGUAUUCAACUUGCUCCAGGCGCCAUCUUGUUUGUCGGUAUGUCUUUCUGCCCCGAGUCAUUGAGAUGGCUUGCUCUCAAGGGCCGUGAUGAAGAUGUCAAAAAGAACUUGAUCCGACUUCGUGAUUUGCCUGAAGACCAUCCCGAAAUUAUCGAAGAGCUUCAAGAAAUCAGCGCAGCCGCCGCAUUUGAGAGAGAAUCCAAGUCAGGAAAGUGGUCUGAAUUGUUUCAACGCAGCAACCUGCAUAGAUUGUUCAUUGGCAUCAUGCUUCAAAUCUUCCAACAGUGGACUGGUACCAACGCCAUUAAUUAUUAUGCGCCAGAAAUCUUCAAAUCAACCGGUCUCGAUAGCAACGAAACUGAAAUUCUGGCAACGGGUGUAUAUGGUAUUGUCAAGGUCGCCUUUGUGUUCAUUUCAUUCUUCAUGGUUGACACCAAGCUGGGCCGUAGACGUACAUUGAUGAUUGGUUCAGUAAUUAUGAUGAUCGCAUUCUACAUUUGUGGUGGUAUGAUUUUGGGUAUCGAGAGGGAUAAUGAUGGAAAGAUCUCUGCUGCUGCAGGAACUCAAGUUGGAGCCAAGGGCAUUGUGGCUAUGGUCUGCAUCUACGUCUUUGCAAUUGGAUACGAAUUCUCUUACGGUCCCAUUGUUUGGGUGGUGUGCUCUGAAAUCUAUCCUACUCGUAUCCGUGCCAUGGCUCUAUCUUUGACAACUGCUUUCAAUUGGGCCAUGAAUGCCACCAUUGCAAAAGUUACGCCUAUCAUGAUUACCAACAUCACCUAUGGAACUUAUUUCUUCUUUGGUUCUAUGGCUGUUAUCAUGGGUGUGUUUGUGUAUGUUUUCUUACCAGAGACCAGAGGUCGCUCCUUGGAGGAAAUGGACGAGCUCUUCAACAAAGGCAUGGUGUUGGCUUACAAGGAUACCUAUGUUGUUGAUAAGGAACAAAUUAAGCGGGAUGAGGAAGCUGGUAUUUACAAAGAGUAA